GAGGUUUUGACAUUAUUGCAUUCACCCACACUCCCAUUUAUGCCAUGGAAAAAGUACUCCCCUCCACCUACAUUCAUUCAUUCAUCAUCUUCUUCUACAAAUUUCUUCCAAAAUUCAAAACCCCCAUUUCAAAUUCCUUCCAGAUUUCAGUUUUGAUUUGAUCCCGUUACGAUUUCCCUACAUUCGCAUCUAUACGGAUCACACCAAACCAAUCUGUAUCGAAUAAGAUGUUCAUCAAUGGCGUUCUUUGUUCUCUCUUCAUUCUCCUCGCCGGAAUUCAAUUCUCCGAUGCCAAUGAGAUGGCGGUGGUGGAGAAUUCCACGGCGGAGGAGAUGACGAUGGUGCCGUGGAUUGAACAUGAAAAAGGAGGAAUGAUGGGGUUGGUGUUGAAUGAUAGUCGCCGGAAACUUGGUAGUUUUCAGAUUUGCUCGUUGUGCACAUGCUGUGCCGGCGGUGGCGGUGGUGGUGGAAAAGGGUACUGUUUACCUUCUCCUUGUUGUUAUGCUAUCAAUUGCAAUAUUCCAAAUCGGCCGUUUGGAUUCUGUUCUUUUACUCCGAAAACUUGUAAUUGCUUUCGAUGCCAUCUAUAAACCCUAAUUUUGAUUUUGAUUUGAUUUUUAGGGGUUUUGGUUGAAUUUGGUUCUUGUGAUCACAAUUAAUUAUUUUAUAUUUAUUAGAAUUUUGGAUUAGGUUGAUGUGA